GAAGAGCCAGGUUCUUUCCAAAAUUUAAACGGGGGAUGCUGCACUAGCUUUUCCUAAAGUGCCAAACUAGGGUAAGAAUGUACAGAACUACUAGGUCCAUGAUGAUGCAGCCUAUCGGCAAUUCGGGAAUGAUCCCAUGUUCCAAGGUGACUGUGUUUGAGCAAGAGCACUUCCAGGGCAAGUCUGUGGAGUUUACCUCUGAAUGUGUGAACAUCCAGAAUUCCGGACUGGACAAGAUCCGCUCCAUCAGGGUGGAGAGCGGAGUUUGGUUGGGCUUCGAGCACCACGACUUCCAGGGCCAGCAGUUCAUCCUGGAAAAAGGGGAGUACCCCAACUGGGAAUCCUACAGUGGAUCUCUUGCCUACCACGUGGAGCGCAUCAUGUCUCUGCGGCCAAUCGUCUGUGCAUCUCACGACACCAGCCGCAUGAUCAUAUACGAGAAGGAGAACUUCAUGGGUCGCAGUGUGGAGAUCAGCGAUGACUACCCUUCUCUCCAGGCCAUGGGAUGGAUAUCUCCCGAAGUGGGCUCCAUGCAAGUGCAGUGUGGCGCCUUCGUGUGCUACCAGCACCCGGGCUACAGGGGUCAGCAGUACAUUGUGGAGUGUGAGAGACACAGUGGAGACUACCACCACUGGAGGACCAUGGGCUCCCACAGUCAGAGCCCCCAGAUCCAGUCCAUCAGACGCAUCCAGCACUGAGGGAACAGACUGACGCCACCGUACCAGGAAACAUGACCACCACCCGACCCCUGUACUGUCACCCCUCCUGUCCUUCUCUUCCUCAUUUCCUUUCUUUCUUGUGGGACUGUGUGUGACCAGAGACAAUAUCACGCGUUUCCAGCUCAGAGUAAUAAAUACACAGUAAUCAUAUCAGUAUGAAAGGUGUGUCUUUUAUGAGGCUGGAGGACACACACAGGUGGAGGAGGAUCCACUGGGACCAUCACUGGGAAACCCAGCAGCAUUUCUCAGUGCUGCCCUUCUGAGACUGUUGUCAGCUCAGGUGUGUUUGUGUAUGAAGACUUAUAUAGUCGGUUGGUAACUA